CUUGUUGUGUAACUGACAGCUGUCAGUCAGGACAAUCGUAAGCAGUUCUCAGUGGCGAAUGCACUGGCGCAAGUCGUGUAAAUGAGCAGAGGUCCUAAGAAAAGGUUUGCACUGAACUCCGUCCAUGUCCUGCGAAGGCUGCGUUACUUUUCGUUUCUGCGUACUUGUGCUCGCUGGUGUGGUGUGUGCGUUCUCGUAAGCUCUCUCACUUGCGUUUGCCUCGCAGGAUGUCGGUGGAAACGAUAAUGACCAACUCGAAAGCAGACCGUCUGCCAGACGGAGAGCGGCAGAGAGAGAGCGAAGGCGUGGCUAAGGGCGAGCAAGGGAGGGCGCAAGUGGAGGGGGGAGCCAAUGUGCAGCUCGUUGUGCUGAAGGGGGAGCGAGCGAGAAUGAGCGAGCUGGGCGAGGGAGAGCGAGCGAGUGAGCGAGGCACUGGCAGUCUCGCGGACGAAGCGGUGUGGCGCUACGCUGCUGGAGUAGACGACUUCUCCCUGUCCCCUCAAACCCCUUGCGCACGCGACUGAGCUCUGGGACAGCUGCGGAAGGGAAGUCCCUGCAGAGGAAGCCGUCUCCGAUCUGGUCACUUUGCCGUCGCGGGGCCGUUGGCGCAGGGGGCAGGGACGACCCCCCCGGGCUGCCGGGGGCGCGGGGCAGGAGCGGAGACAUGACCGUGCCGCUGCUGAAGAUUGGAGCUGUGCUCAGCACCAUGGCCAUGGUGACCAACUGGAUGUCCCAGACGCUGCCGUCCCUGGUGGGCCUCAACGGGACCACCAUCUCCCGAGGGGGCACCUCGGAGAAAAUCGUGAGUGCACUGUACCCGAGCCCCGAGGAGGGCUGGCAGAUUUACAGCUCCGCCCAGGACGCCGACGGGAAGUGCAUCUGCACCGUGGUCGCGCCGGCCCAGAACAUGUGCAACCGUGACCCCCGGAGCAAGCAGCUGCGCCAGCUCAUGGAACAGGUCCAGAACAUCAGUCAGUCAAUGGAGGUUCUGGAUCUGAGAACUUACAGAGACCUGCAGUACGUUCGCAACAUGGAGGCACUCAUGAAGGUGGUGGAUGGCAAGCUGAAGACGGCCUCAGAAAACCCUCGAUCGCUGAACCCCAAGAGUUUUCAGGAGCUGAAGGACAAGGUAACCCAGCUGCUCCCUCUGUUGCCUGUGCUGGAGCAGUACAAGGCAGACGCACGCAUGAUUGUGCGGCUGAAGGAGGAGGUGCGCAACCUGUCACUGGUGCUCAUGGCCAUCCAGGAGGAGAUGGGAGCUUAUGACUACGAGGAGCUCCGCCAGCGAGUGCUUCUUCUGGAGACGAGGCUGCAGUCCUGCAUGCAGAAACUGGGCUGCGGGAAGCUGACCGGCGUGAGUAACCCCAUUACCAUACGGGCCUCAGGCUCGCGGUUCGGCUCCUGGAUGACCGACACCAUGAUCCCCAGCUCAGACAACAGGGUCUGGUCCAUGGACGGCUACUACAAGGGCCGACGCGUUCUGGAAUACCAUACCCUCAGCGAUUUUGUCAAGGGCCAGAACUUCGUGCAGCACCUCCUGCCGCACCCUUGGGCAGGUACAGGUCACGUAGUCUACAACGGGUCGCUCUACUACAACAAGUACCAGAGCAACAUCAUCAUCAAGUACCACUUCCGCUCGCGUAGUGUGUUGGUCCAGCGCAGCCUGGGUGGAGCUGGAUACAACAACACCUUCCCAUACUCCUGGGGGGGCUCUUCAGACAUUGACCUGAUGGCAGACGAAAGUGGGCUGUGGGCCGUCUACACCACUAUUCCCAACGCGGGUAACAUCGUCAUUAGCCGACUUGAGCCGCAGACACUGGAAGUACUGCAAAGCUGGGACACGGGCUUUCCCAAGCGCAGCGCCGGUGAGGCCUUCAUGAUCUGUGGCACGCUCUAUGUCACCAACUCCCACCUGGCUGGCGCCAAGAUCUACUUCGCCUAUUACACCAACUCCUCAAGCUACGAAUACACAGACAUCCCCUUCCACAAUCAGUACUCUCACAUCUCCAUGUUGGACUACAACCCCCGUGAGAGAGUGCUCUACACCUGGAAUAACGGGCAUCAGGUGCUGUACAACAUCACGCUAUUCCACGUCAUCAACUCCUCAGGAGACUAG